AUGUUUGAUCCUGCCGCCGAGACGUUGCGUCACAUGAAGGUGCACUUUAAUUCGCCGGAUGCGCUCGCUGCACUUCAGUCGUCUCGUCGGGGUCGUCGGGGUGGGCAAGUUGAUGGUGAUGGUGAUGGUGGUGGCUGUAGAGAGGAAGUGUUGAGGGAAAAUCGAGAGAGACGUAAGUCGUUGAUGAAGUGUGGCUUCUUUUCGUCGGUUUGUCAGCCGUACAAGACGGUGGGUCGAUUGUAUUUGGACACGCGAGAACUUGUGUAUAACCAACUCGGAACGGAACGUUUGGCGAAGGCGAGUGUCAGCAAACCGAGGCAACGAGUGAAGUCGCGGUUUGAUAUCAGAGAGAAGGCAGUUGAAUUGGAACAGCAAGCGAGUAAUAAAAACGAAACGGAAUACGAAGAGUUUGCAAGGCAUGAUCAGUCUACUCAUGAUCACGAGUCGCAGCGCCUAAAGAGAAUGCUGGACGAGUCAGAGAGACGAGUACAAGCAGAGAGAACUGGAAGAACGUGGCUGGAGUGUAUGCGUGAGCACGAGCAACAAAUGGAGUUGCAGCAAGCCAGAGCGAUCAGUAUUGAGUGGCUACCAUUUCCUCCUGGCCCGAAAAGCAGGCUAAAGACGAUUACGAUGUUGGUAUCGACAUUCACAUGUGGAUCAGCCACAAAUGGGAUGAUGGAUGAGAUUGUCAUGGCUGCAGAUGAAGAAAGGGAAAAAGCUUUCAAGAUGCAAAACGAAUUCGUCAAGAAAGUGGAAGCCAUCUACAUGAUCAUUUGCUGUAUUUUCAACAUGAAGCAAAGAGACCUGCGGACAAGGGUUCCUCUGAAAUCUAGUAGUCUCAAGCAUCUUCAAAGAGACAUGUUGUUGACAUCUACUGGCCCGAGUCGUUGCCGUCAGUCACCUGUGUGGCCUCUACCUGCUGCUGUUUGUGGUCUAGGAAAGGCGAUUGAUGCAAUAAGUACAAGAAACAGCCCACAAGGAAUAGAAAAACAGGCUUCGAGUGUUGCAUUGGCACUUGUGGGUCAGAAAAGUUUCAAAGUUCGUACCAAUAAUAGCCCAAAACCGAAGGGAGAUACAUGGGGUGAGUUGCUAUCUUCAUUGGAAUUGUCUGGUAACAGCCCUGUGCUGAGUCAAUCUCCAAGGAAUGUCACCCGCUCUUGGUAUCAAAACUCGAACCGUGCAUACGAGGCUAACGCUAACGUCAAACGCCGCGAAAAUGAGCAUCUCCCUCUUUGGCAGAAGCUGCUUCUAAGUCAUCUUGAAGAAGGAGAUGAGAUAGGAACAAACGCAAAUAGAGACAACACAUCAGAGACAAACAACGACGAUGACGGAGCAUCAGCAAGAGAGCACUUUCUCGCUCUGAAACGAAAUUUCAAAGAUAUUGUAGAGAAGUCGGGACGACAACUGCGAUCUCAACUCGACCGAUACGAAAGAGAGUCAAGAGAACUGAACAAUCUAAAGUGCGAGAAGCUAGAAUCUGGAUCUCCGUGGAACAUGCCUCUAACUAUUGUCGACAUGCGAGCAGAAGCUCACUCUGAACUGAUGAACAGACGAAGAACGUACAAUGAGAAUCAGAAUCAAAACAAAAGCAAGAUCAGCAAGUGGGUUGCAAGUCUUGAAAAGGAGCUCAUGGUCGUAUUCCAGUCGAAAAUCAAGUGCGAAGGGUCGACUGAAAGGGAAGAUACAGUGAAAGCCGUCUUGCAGAAGUUGAGAAUGAUUUCACAAGAGCAGCUGACAGAUAUUCAACACGUCAAGGCCAAACUCGGCCUUCUUUUCUACUCUUUGCCUCCAAUGCAGGUGUGCUCCAAACCGGUGUCAGCAGCUUUUCAGUUUUCUCUUCGGCAUUUGUUUGGCUAUAACGAGUCACUCUACAACGAGUGGAUGAAGCUCAGGAAGCUACCAUUCCCUCUUCCGUCACGAUACAACGUCUAGCAUCUAUGAGAGAUAGGAAGAUUGGCCUAACCUCGAGCUCAAAUAUGUUACUCUUAAUUAAUGAUGGCAAUUACGACAUGCAAACUUGCGCAUGCUUGUGUAACAAUUAUUGUCUCGCGUACCCAGACCCGUUUUAGCGCAGCUGCUAGCGCACGCGUGUUGAAAAUGCCGCGGCUGGAGGUCUGGCUACGCAAAACUACACUAGCCACAUCGUAAAGUGUUUCUCGAAUUACACAA